GCCGUGCGGUGGGCCCCCACGACUCCGACCUGGACGGCGUCGGUGCCGUCGCAAUACCCGCCGCCGUCCGAAAAACCGCCGUCCCGGUGCCUACUUGUAAACGCUCUUAGUACCGAACUCGCCAGUCGCCGCUUACGACUCGCAAAUUGAACACAUUUGGACGAACGAGACAUAGCAAGGCAGCAAGAUGUUUAAAAGCCACUUAGAGAUGAUUGGCCGCAACGAGACGGCCUCCAAGAAGGCCAAGUUCUGGCAAUCUUUUGUUAGGUCCCUCAAAGGUUCUGAAGAUAUCAGAGCCGAUGACACCAAACGCCCAUCCAGCAUCUUCAGGCCCAUCUCUGAUUACGAUUCGACAUGGCCCUACGGCAAGUCGAUCUACGAGGACCCGAUCCACGCCGCGGAACGCAUCACUAUUCCCGGCUACAGAUACGAUCCACUUCACCGCGACACCUACGGCUAUUCUCCACGCCAGAUCUACCCCCACAACUACGGUAGCCUCGAUAGGUACAGACCCGUGUUCCACGUGAGCAAGUUGAAGCCUUUUGAUGCUGACGCUGCCUGGAGGGAGCAUGUGGACCGUGUGACGAAGCGCGAACCGAGCAUCUUCCACACCACCUAUCCAUUCAGUCGCUAUCCACUCUACUUGGUCUACAGCAAGAAGGCGCAGAGGCCCAAACCUCAGUACGACCCUCAUAAGGACUGGUUGGACUCCCUUGAUCGUCUCAACUUGCUCGACAGGCUCAACCACUACUGGCCCAGGUCCAUGUCCCCAACCCCAAUCAAGCCUGGAGAGUGGGGCCCACGCGCAAAUGAAAUUGGCUACAACUACGCCGGCCAGCCAAUCUUCUCCCUUGGUGGUUUCCGCCCAAGUAAGAGCAUAUUUGACGACCUUAUCAAUCCGUCCCCGUAUGUCCCAAUGUCCGCCAUUGCCCGUGAUCCUUGGUGGCACUACUGCCCGUCUCUUCGUCCGUACCGCCCUUAUAGCAGCUGGGGCCGGUCACCUUACUGGCUAAGGGACUCUUACCUCUCCCCGGUGAAGAGGACUUACUUGUGGGAUAAACAUCCCUGCCGACCAUUUUCUGCCGUUUAUUAAACGGAAAAUGGAAACUGCCGACACCGCUAAGUUGUCUCCGCAACUUUAAAUCAAUCAAAUCAACACAACAAUCUUCAGAUACACAAACACAUAUUUCUAUAAUAAACUAAACUUCUGUCUAUCGCAAUUUGCAAUCAAAACAACAAUAGAUUUACACUCUACACUUAAAAAAUACGCAUAAAAAAUAAAAAUAUUUAAAAAAUGAAACGAAAAUCGCAAAAAAAUAUUCAAAAAACUUGAAACAUUAAUUUAAAGUUAUUAAUCGUCGUCUUUGUUCGCUCUUUGGUUCAAGUCCUAAUUUAUUUGUUCAGUUCCCAUGUCGCUGGUGAAUGUUUUAUUGAAAUUAUAUAUUUAUUUUUUAUAAGAAAUGAGAUGUGUUCUUCAACGAUCAGGCACACGACUGCGCUCCCAUUCAGUUUUAUGCUAAACGAAAUUACCAAAAACAAAUUAUCGAAACGUGUCUCGUCAUUCCAUCCGUAUUAAACGAUUUGUAAAACGAUUGGGAUCUGCGCAGACACGAUUAAAUUAUUUAUUGAAAAGAAAUUGUACGGACAUGUUUAUUAAUCAAAAAAAUAAAUGAAUAACAACAA